UAUGAACUGGGACCAUUCUGAAUGGCAACAGGAUUUUCCUUCCAGGAUAUCCGUAAAUUCUUUGGAGUUGUAGCUCCAGGAAAGAAACCUGAAUGUGGCAUUGCAAAAAAGGAACAACCCCAGAAUAAAGAGAGAAAUUCAGGGGGAACAUCGACACGGAAGGAAAUCAAGGUGAAAAAUUCAUCUCAUGAAGAUGAUUUCAAGCAAAAACAGGUGAACAAGAAAAAGAGGAUAAUCUAUGAUUCAGAUUCUGAAGAGGAGGUACCGUUAAUAAAGAAAUCUAAGAAGCCACCAGAGAGAAAGUUGUCUUCAAAAGCUGACAAGCUUUUAAAGAAGGAUCCUGUUGUUUACGUUUCAGAAACAGAUGAAGAUGAGGACUUUGUGCACAAGAAAGCCACCCAGAAAGCUGGACAGUAUAUAACAUCGGUGAAGAUUAAUCAAGGAACAACAGGAAUAUCCCAGACAGAUUCCAAACCGAAAGUAAAAAGUAAACCCUUAUCUCCCAUGAAACUGACACCAACAUCUGUAAUUGAUUACUUUGGGACUAGUAGUGUUCAACGGUCAGAUAAGAAGCUGGUAUCAAGCAAACGAAAAGAACCUUCGCAAAGCAGAGACUCCACCAUCAAUGAUGAGGCUAUUGCCAAACAACUACAGCUCGAAGAGAAUACAGAGUGGGAGAGGCAAUUGCAUGAAGAUGAAGAAUUUGCACAAACGUUGGCUAUGUUGGAUGAAACACCCAGAAAGAAAAAGCCUCGAAAAGAAGAAUUUCAGCAGUCAAAAUCAGGUGAAACAGAAAAAAAUAAACAAGCUCACAAAGCGAAACCUGCCAUUUCAGCCCUUGAUUCACAACCUUAUUCUGCAAAAGAUCAGAUUCAUUCAGAAAGCGUAAAAGUGUUGAAUCUUCACCCAGAAUCUUCUUCUACCAAGGAGGAGAUGGAUUUGGGGAAUAAAUGGGUGUCAUCAAAGGCUCCCUCCAGGUUAGCUGCAUUCAAGCAAAAAGCAGAGGCUAUUAAAACUGAAAAUGGGACCCCAAAAGGAGAGAACUUCAAGAAAAGAGCUGUAACCCCAUCAGGAAAAGCAAUUUCACCCAAAGCCAAGACGCCUACAAAGGGGAAGGUUUCGCCUGAACAAUCCAAGUCUGUAAGUCCUGAGGACUCUGAAAAGAAGCGAACAAAUUACACGGCUUAUAGAAACUUCCUCAAUCGAGAAGGUCCAAAGGCACUCGGCUCUAAAGAAAUACCUCAAGGUGGUGAAAACUGCUUGGAAGGUAUGACGUUUGUGAUUACAGGAAUCUUGGAAUCUAUUGAACGUGAUGAGGCCAAGUCUCUGAUUGAGCGCUAUGGGGGAAAGGUUACUGGGAACAUCAGCAAGAAAACAAACUACCUUGUUAAAGGUCGUGACUGUGGCAUGUCCAAGUGUGAAAAGGCAUCAGCCUUAGGGACAAAAGUUAUUGAUGAAGAUGGGUUAUUUGACCUGAUACGAAAUACACCAGGCAAGAGGUCCAAGUAUGAAAUAGCGGCUGAAACAGAGGCAAAGAAAACAAAGUCCAAGUGCGAAAGAACUUCCCCAGAAACUAAAGCUGAAAAAUGGAAACCGAGCCCGGCAAAGCCAAACUCUCAUAAGAAAAGGUUCCUUCCAGAAGAUGUGGACUCUUUUAAAUCCGUGAAACAGGAAGCUGGGGCAGUAAGGAGGGGGCUGGAUUUUGACCAGAAACUCCUGGACAAAAAGCAAGUUCCAAAGGAUGAAAAGAGCUCAGUUCGUGAAACAAAUAAUGGUGGAGGGGAGGUAUUAUUGUGGGUGGACAAAUACAAGCCCACAUCUCUCAGAAGUAUCAUUGGACAACAAGGCGACCAUAGCUGUGCUAAUAAACUUUUACGUUGGCUUAAAAACUGGCACAAGAAUUCUUUAGAAGACAAACAGGUCAAAUCCAGUAAGUUUGGAAGCAAAGAUGACGGCGCUAGUCCCAAAGCAGCUUUGCUUUCUGGGCCCCCAGGAGUAGGUAAAACCACAACUGCAGCAUUAGUUUGUCAGGAACUGGGUUUGAGUUAUGUGGAGUUAAACGCUAGCGACACUCGCAGUAAGAACAGCCUGAAGGAAGUGGUUGCGGAAUCUCUGAAUAAUACCAGCAUAAAAGGAUUCUGCUCAGGGACGUCACCUUCUGUCAGUACAAAGCAUGUCCUAAUAAUGGAUGAGGUUGAUGGAAUGGCUGGCAACGAAGACAGAGGUGGAAUACAGGAGCUAAUAGAUCUUAUUAAGCACACAAAAGUUCCAAUAAUUUGUAUGUGUAACGAUCGGAAUCAUCCAAAGAUCCGUUCUCUCGUCCACUAUUGUUUUGACCUUCGUUUUCCAAGGCCAAGGGUGGAGCAGAUCAAGGGUGCUAUGAUGUCCAUUGCUUUCAAAGAAGGAUUAAAGAUUCCACCACCAGCAAUGAAUGAACUCAUUUUGGCAGCUAAUCAAGAUAUCAGACAAGUAUUGCAUAAUCUCAGCAUGUGGUGUGCAAGAGACAAAAACUUGACUUAUGACGGUGUCAAAGAAGACGCCAGUAAAGCCAAAAAGGAUAUUAAGCUGGGCCCUUUUGAUGUUGUGAGGAAGGUUUUUGCCAAGGGAGAGGAGGCUUCUCACAUGUCCCUUAUAGACAAAGCAGACCUGUUCUUCCACGACUACUCUCUAGCGCCCCUCUUUGUCCAGGAAAACUACGUACACGUGAAACCCGCUGCUGCUGGAAACAACCUAAAGAAAGAACUAAUCUUACUUAGCAAAGCCGCUGACAGUAUUUGCGAUGGCGAUUUAGUUGAGCGUCAGAUUCGCACUCGACAAAACUGGAGCCUUCUACCUACCCAGGCCAUUUAUUCAAGUGUCCUCCCUGGGGAGCUGAUGAGAGGCUACUUGCAGCAAUUUCCAAGCUUUCCAAGUUGGUUGGGAAAAUUUUCAUCCACUGGAAAGCAUGACCGUAUCGUACAGGAGCUUUCUAUGCAUAUGAGCCUCAGAACACAUGCAAGUAAGAGAGCAGUAAAUCUGGAGUAUCUGUCCUAUCUACGAGAUGCGGUUAUGAGGCCUUUGACUUGCCAAGGCAUCGAAGGAGUCCAGGAUGCUGUAGCCUUCAUGGAUUCUUACUGCUUGUUAAAGGAAGAUGUGGAAACCAUCAUGGAAGCCACCAACUGGGGAGGCAAGCCUAGCGCGUUCUCCAAAUUAGAUUCCAAGGUUAAAUCGGCAUUCACACGAGCCUAUAAUAAAGUUGUGCAUCUUACACCAUAUUCCCUGCAAAUUGCACAGAAAUCAAAACGAGUGGAAUCAGUGGAUUCAGAAAUGAAGGAAGGACUGGAAGCUAAUGGAGCUGAGUCUGAGAAUGAGCAAGCAAGCGUUGAAAGCGAUGCAAUGAUUAAGUAUGUUCUUUUUUGGCAGAAAAAGACCAAACCUGUCAAGCCACCAAAAGUAGAAAGAAAUGAAGAAAGGAAAAAAGGAAAGUCAAAGAAAAAAUCUAAAUAAAUUGUCUAUGCAAGCUUACUGUUGACUGUGGAUACAGUAAAUGGUUGGGCAAACUCUUCAGCAGUUGCCUUGUUUUAUUAUCAUUGCACAAGAAUGACAAAUAUAUAAUAUGCUGCUUGCAGAAAAAGGAGAUGCAGGAUCUAUAUUGUUUGAUUUCUGUAAAUAUGGAAAGAGGCUCAGUCAUCCCUGGGAGAGAAAGAGCCCAAGCUGCUUGUGUUAAUUCUCUGCUUACCUUCACAGAGCUCCUAUAUUUUUUUAAAAUGCUCAUUAUGUGGCCAACCAUGUAUAUAACAUAUAAUGAACAAACCCUAACUGGUUAUUCAUUUUUGUAUAUGAAAGUGCAGCGCUGUGUAAAAGUUGCAAUAAAACUAGUUUCAUAUUUUUAACCAA